AUGGCCGAAGUCGACGCCUACCUUGACUCUCUCGAAAGAGACGAGGCACGUCGAGGCAGGGCUAGGAAGCCUCGUGGCAACGCGCGGAACGCGUCCGUCGUCAGAGCCUGGGGGAAGCCCGCGUCCUCGCUCCGAGGCUGUUCGUCGCCGGCUUCGUCCUCUGUGCGCGAGCCGCGUUCCUCGUCUUCUCAGGCAUCUGCGCCGCGCCAUGCGCGUCCACCUGCUGACGCGCGCGAGCUGCCUCUGUCCAGUUGCGAGCAUCGACGUGCAGGUCUCCUGCAUGCGGCAGACGCCGCAGCGACGAGAAAGACAAGCAGAAAAGAAGACGCGCGACAGGAGCACGGAGUCGAAAGCCUAAAGCAGAGGGUGGACGGAGAACCCGCCGGCGUAGGCGUCGAAGAUUGGGGUGAAGGCGAGGUCACCAUCGAUCGCGAUGAAGACAGUCUAUUUCCUCUAGAUGAAGGCUUGCUUGCGAGGCAAGCGAGCGCCGUGCUGGAGAUCUUAGGGGCUCCGACAAUUACCUCGGAGUCUCGCGUGUCUUGCCGGUUCUCCGCAGGCGUCAUUCAGGCGGCGAUCGAUGCGGACCGACGGGAAGUCGAAAAACUUGCAGAUGACGGCAGCCAAUUCUUCUGCCAAGGAAGUGGAAUUAAGGACCUUCUGAAACUGCGGCUGUCGGUUCCUGAGCGCCUGCCGCUUCUCUUCAUGCAUGCAUCUUUGCACCUUCUCGGAUUUGAUCACGAGGAAGAUGAGCAGGCGGCAGAGAUGGAAGCUGUGGAGGAGGCACUGUUUGCGCGGUUUCUCAAACAGGCUCAAGCGCGAGCGUUGCUGCAGGGCGGCGGUCCGGCGGCUCCACACUUCUUCGUUGGGACGGGAUUGGACAUUUGCUCCAUUUCCCGCAUGCGCAAAUUCCUGCUGCGUCGCCUCUGUCCAGAGAGCACCGCAGCGGACGGGGAAGCGUCCGGCGGAGAUCCGCAAGACCCGGAGAAAGGGACAGAUCGUGGGAAGCGCGCGAGCAGCUGCGGACCCGAAGGCGGAAAGGAGCGCUACGCGGGAAGAGCGCAAUCACAUCUCUCUACCAGAGAAGUCGCUGCUGCGGGAGAGGGCCAAACCGCGCCAGGUGAAAUCGAGGAACCUCAACAACGACGGAAUGCGGACGCCACGAGGUGUAUGCACACCCGCCGUUUGAAGCGGGCGUUGCGGUGGAUUUUAACGCCGCUCGAAAUUCUCGAGUUUCGCCGGCAGUUCGAGGGGAUGCGCACUGCGUCGUGUGGUGGGACAGAACCCCCGACUCUGUGGGAGCGAACACAUGCAUCUGGGGAGCGAGUGAGGGCAUGCGGGACCUCUGAGAAGGCACCGAAUUCCGAGACGGACCGGGAGGCAAGCGGCCUCCACAACACGUGCGCGGGAGGGACUGGCAGCGGCACGCGUGAAACGAGAGAGUCGGAAGAAAACAAAAACCUGAUGAGCGAUAAGUCACUGAGAAAAAAGAGCGACGUCUUGUCGCGGAAUCUGCAAGGCGCGGCGGCCUUCCUGGCAGGCCGCUUCGCGGCCAAAGAGGCUCUGGCCAAAGCGAUGGGUGGAUCCGGUCUUCGAAGUCUCUCUGCACAUGGCAUACGCAUGCGCGACGUGGAGAUCUACCGCGGGCUGAACGGUCAGCCGCUAGUGCGCCUUCUCGGCGAUGCGCUGGAGCACCAGCGACAGAAGCGAAUUUCAAGUGUCUUCAUUUCCAUCACCGGCGAAGGCGACAUGGCGAUGGCAACUGCCACAGCGGUCGGCACAUAA